GCACCAACCGGAGGGUUGCACGGCUCUCCCCGUAGAUUUGUUUGCGCUUAAUUCCGCGCGACCUCCUCCGCCCUCCUCGUCUCGUGACCCGCUGCCUCUGGAGAGAGAGGGAAGAGAGGAGGGAGCGAGCGAGCGGUAGUCUCACCACCACCACCACCACCCCACCCCACACCACCCCCCACGACACGCCACAACACCAACACCAACCGUCGCCGGCCACAUUUAAUCUCGCACCACCACCACCGCCGCCGCGCGCCCCGGCGACUGAUCCCCACGGACGGAGCGCGAUCCCGCCGGACGCCAGGCCGGAGGAGGAGAAGGGAUAGGCAGACACGCAGAUUGAGAGAGAGGGGGCGGGGCGCGGGGCGCGAUGAUGGAGACCAAGCCGCCGUUGCCGGGGAGCGGGGGGCCAUCGCCGGGGGUGCACCACCACAGGCGGUGGGCGGCGCCACUGCUGGCGUCCGUGCUGCUCUCCUCCCUUCUCAUCUCGGCCUCCCUCUUCUUCUCCUCCUCGCGGGCGCUGCUCCUCUCCUUCUCCCCGCUCCCGUCCGCGGCCUCCGCGGAGCCGCUCUUCGUCGAGGCCAAGCUGCGGCAGCAGCAGCAGGAGGCGCACGCCCGCCCGCACCGCGCCGUGCCCAGGAUCGCAUACCUCGUGUCCGGCUCCGCCGGGGACGGGGUCGCGCUGCGCCGGACGCUCAGGGCGCUCUACCACCCGGCCAACCGCUACGUCCUGCACCUCGACCUCGAGGCGCCCGCCGCCGAGCGCGCCGAGCUGGCCGCCGCCGUGCGCGCCGACCCCGUCUACUCCCGCUUCCGCAACGUCAAGGUCGUCACGCGCGCCAACCUCGUCACCUACCGGGGCCCGACCAUGGUGGCCAACACGCUGCACGCCGCCGCCAUCCUCCUGCGCGACGGCGGCGAUUGGGACUGGUUCAUCAACCUCUCCGCCUCCGACUACCCCCUCGUCUCGCAGGACGAUCUGUUGUAUGUGCUCUCUGGCUUGCCAAGGGAGCUUAACUUCAUCGAGCAUACCAGUGACAUCGGAUGGAAGGAGUAUCAGAGGGCAAAGCCUGUGAUCGUCGACCCCGGCCUAUAUAGCCUGCAGAAGUCUGAUGUUUUCUGGAUUACGGAGAAAAGAAGUGUGCCAACCGCAUUCAAGCUCUUCACUGGCUCUGCAUGGAUGAUGCUUACUCAUCGGUUUAUUGAAUACUGCAUAUGGGGAUGGGACAAUCUUCCGAGGACUGUCCUGAUGUAUUAUGCGAAUUUCCUCUCUUCGCCAGAGGGUUACUUCCACACAGUCAUCUGCAAUGUCCCCGAGUUCCGGAACACCACAGUCAACCAUGAUCUACAUUUCAUUUCCUGGGAUAACCCACCAAAGCAACAUCCUCAUUACCUCACCCUCAAUGACUUUGACGGUAUGCUUGACAGCAAUGCUCCCUUUGCAAGGAAGUUUGGAAGAGAGGAUCCUGUCCUAGACAAGAUUGAUCAGGAAAUACUGGGCCGUCAACCUGAUGGGUUUGUGCCCGGUGGAUGGUUGGAUAUUUUGAAUACAACAGUGAAAGGGAAACACUUCAGCGUCGAGCGUGUGCAAGAUCUCCGCCCGGGGCCUGGUGCGGACAGGAUAAAGAAACUCGUGACAGGCCUGCUCACCGAGGAAGGCUUCGACGACAAGCAUUGCGUAUAAAAAGCUUGAUGAUUCCAGGGUAGGUUACUUUGGUCAAAAUCUGAGGGGUUGAGCCACUAGCUAGUCAUUCUACUAGCCGAAGAAGCGGCACAUAGUGUCGACGAUCCGCACGGAUGGAGUGAUCUGAUAGGUGUUCCUUAUAGACUACCACUUUGAGUUGAGUUACCGUACAGCAGGAGACCACGGCCGCCGUAGCAGGCAGAGUUUAUACACCACUAAUAGCUCAUUAGGUUAUGUUAGAAGAUUAUAUCAGCCCAACCAUUAUUAAUAAUAUCGGAAUUUUUCGGUCUCUCGGCGCUGCUGGCUGUCGUCGAAGGUGGUCCGUUCUUCCUGUAGAAACCACAGGGCCCGAGCCAUCAGCGAAUGAGAUUUCGUUGUAUUAAUUGUGGAUUCCUCGGGGCAAACUUCUACGUUUUGGUUGCGUACAUGUAUUCUUUGAUUUCUUUUCCUUCUCCCACGGCUGAGUAUACAAAAUUGUCUUAUGCACUGUUUCCUCUCUUCCUUUGGUAAAUAUGCACACUAAGUUUUUGUUGGAGCUUAAA